CCUACUAAAAAUCUUCACCUCACUCACUCACUCACACAAACACAAAACAGAAAUAUAGAUUGAUACUGUUUCAUUAUCAACAUGUUCUCCAAAUAUCUCAAUAUCUUCUUCAUCACAACUCUCUUCAUUUUCUUAUACAUAAUCACUUCUUCAUUUUUCACUUCACCACUUACCCUUCUUCAUCAACAAAACUCAAUUCCGACAACAACAAAAAAUUCCCACUUUCAAUUUUGUCCAACCAACUUCACAAACUAUUGUCCAUGUCAAGACCCAAAAACACAGAAAAAAUUUCCCAAAAAAAACUAUUUUCGCAAAGAACGUCACUGUCCAAAAAACAAUCAAAGAUUAAGAUGUCUUAUCCCUAAACCAAUAGGGUAUCAAAAACCAUUUACUUGGCCUAAGAGUAAAGACAAUGCAUGGUUUAGUAAUGUUCCAUUUACAAAGCUUGUUGAAUAUAAAAAGUCACAAAAUUGGAUUAGAUUGGAUGGUGACCAUUUUGUUUUUCCUGGUGGUGGCACUUCUUUUCCUGAUGGUGUUAAGGGUUAUGUUGAUGACUUAAAGAACCUUCUUCCUGUGAAUUUGGAAUCUGGGAGUAUUAGAACUGUUCUUGAUGUUGGAUGUGGGGUUGCAAGUUUUGGAGCAUCUCUAAUGGACUAUGAUAUAUUAACAAUGUCAAUUGCACCAAGUGAUGAACAUGAAGCUCAAGUGUUGUUUGCACUUGAAAGAGGACUUCCUGCUAUGCUUGGAGUAUUCAGCACUCAUAGACUAACAUUCCCUUCAAAAUCAUUUGAUAUGGCUCAUUGCUCUAGAUGCCUUGUUCCAUGGACCGCUAAUGAUGGACUAUACCUAAGAGAGAUUGACAGGAUGUUGCGUCCUGGUGGAUUUUGGGUACUUUCUGGACCACCUAUAAAUUGGAGGGUAAACUAUAAAGCAUGGGAAACAGAGGCAACAGUGUUGGAAAAGGAACAGAACAGUUUAGAGGAACUAGCAAUGCAAAUGUGUUGGGAAAAAGUUGCUGAGGGUGGACAAAUUGCUAUAUGGCAAAAACCAAUAAAUCAUAUCAAAUGUAUGCAAAAAUUGAACACUUUGAGUUCUCCAAAGUUUUGCAGUUCAUCUGACCCUGAUGCUGGAUGGUAUACAAAAAUGACUGCAUGCAUUUUUCCACUUCCAGAAGUGAAAGACAUCGACGAAAUCUCCGGCGGCAUUCUUAAAAGAUGGCCUAUGAGGUUGAAUGCUUCACCACCAAGGUUGAGAAAUGAGAAUGAUAUUAGUUCCUACAAUGAAGAUUCUAGGACAUGGAAAAUGAGAGUGUCUUAUUAUGAAGUCAUGCUCAAAUCAUUCUCUUCUGGUAGAUAUAGAAAUGUUAUGGAUAUGAAUGCUGGAUUUGGUGGAUUUGCAGCUGCAAUGGUGAAAUAUACAGUUUGGGUUAUGAAUGUUGUUCCAUUUGAUGCAAAAAGCAACAAUCUUGGUGUUAUCUAUGAAAGAGGCCUCAUAGGAACUUACAUGGAUUGGUGUGAGCCUUUUUCAACUUAUCCAAGAACAUAUGACUUGAUACAUGCUAGUGGCAUAUUCAGUAUGUAUAUGAACAAGUGUGACAUUACUGAUAUUGUUCUUGAGAUGCAUCGGAUUAUUCGUCCUGGAGGAACUGUAAUUAUUAGAGAUUAUAGAGAUGUAAUUCUAAAAGUGAAAGAAAUAACAGAUAGAAUAAGAUGGGAAGCAGGAAUAGUAGAAGUUGCUAGUGAUCAAAAUGGAUCUUCUCAUCAAGAAAUUAUUAUGGUUUUUAAUAAUACUAAGUAUUAAAUUGAUUUUGUAGUUCAAUUUUGCCUAAUCAUUGAUUGUACAACAACAUGGUCAUAUGUAAUUCAAUUCAAUACAAAAUAGUUUUGAGAAUAA